GUGAUUUCACGGAAGAUGCUGCAGAAACGGGAGCUGCUGCUUUCCGAGAGACAACCCUCCAGUGAAGAUGAGACCAUGGUCCCGGUACUAACCUCCAAAAAAGCCAGUGAACUACCCGUCAAUGAAGUAGCAUGCGUCCUGCAGGCCGACCUGCAGCUGGGUCUGACUCUGGAGGAAGUGAGCCGCAGGAGGAACUACCAUGGCUGGAACGAGUUCGACAUCAGUGAGGAGGAGCCGCUAUGGAGGAAAUACAUCUCACAGUUCAAAGACCCGCUCAUCCUGCUACUGCUGGCUUCAGCCGUCAUCAGCGUCCUCAUGCACCAGUUCGAUGACGCCAUCAGCAUCACUGUGGCCAUUAUUAUAGUAGUGACAGUUGCCUUCGUCCAGGAGUAUCGCUCAGAGAAGUCUCUAGAAGAGCUCGGGAAGCUGGUGCCUCCAGAAUGUCACUGUAUCAGGGAUGGGAACCUGCAGCACCUGCUGGCCAGAGAGCUGGUUCCUGGAGACACCGUCUGUCUGUCUGUGGGAGAAAGAGUCCCAGCAGAUCUCCGCCUCUUUGAGGCGUUGGACCUGACGCUGGAUGAGUCCAGUCUGACGGGAGAGACGACGCCUUGCUCCAAGUCAACAUCACAUCAGUCACCGACCACCAACGGAGACAUCGCCUCCCGCAGCAACGUGGCCUUCAUGGGGACGCUGGUGCGCUGUGGCAAAGCCAAGGGAAUCGUCAUAGGAACCGGAGAAAACUCUGAGUUUGGGGAAGUGUUCAAGAUGAUGCAAGCAGAAGAGGCUCCUAAGACUCCGCUGCAGAAGAGCAUGGAUCUGCUGGGGAAGCAGCUCUCUCUCUACUCCUUCGGCAUCAUCGGAGUCAUCAUGCUGGUCGGAUGGCUGCAGGGGAAAAGGAUCAUGGACAUGUUCACCAUCGGAGUCAGUCUGGCGGUAGCAGCGAUCCCUGAGGGUUUACCCAUUGUGGUGACGGUGACUCUGGCGCUCGGUGUGAUGCGGAUGGUGAAGAAACGAGCGAUCGUCAAGAAGCUUCCCAUCGUAGAGACUCUGGGAUGUUGUAACGUGAUCUGUUCUGAUAAAACUGGAACGCUGACGAAGAACGAGAUGACGGUGACUCAGCUGUACACGUCUGACGGACUCCACGCCGAGGUGACGGGCGUAGGAUACAACGGAGCCGGAGAGGUGUUACUGGACGGAGAGAUGAUCCACGGCUUCUCCUGCUCGUCCAUCAGCAGGAUCGUAGAGGUGGGCUGUGUGUGUAAUGACUCCAUCAUCAGGAGCAGGACUCUGCUGGGUCGGCCUACAGAAGGAGCUCUCAUCGCUCUCGCUAUGAAGAUGGGUCUAGAAGGCCUCCAGCAGGAGUACGUGCGUGUGGAGGAGCAUCCGUUCACCUCAGAUAAGAAGUGGAUGGCGAUUCGCUGCGUUCAUCGCACCCAGCAGGACAAGCCUCCGGUGUAUUUCAUGAAGGGGGCGUACGAGCAGGUGAUUCGUUUCUGCAGCUCUUAUAACAGCAGAGGCAGCGUACUUCCUCUGAGCCACCAGCAGAGGGAGCUCUACCAGCAGCAGAUCAGCUACAUGGGCAGCGCUGGGCUGAGAGUCUUGGCGUUUGCGUCUGGCUCAGAGAUGGGAGCGUUGAGCUUCCUGGGUCUGGUGGGCAUCAUCGACCCUCCGAGGUCAGGGGUCAAAGAAGCCGUGGCGACUCUCAUCAACUCGGGAGUCGCCAUCAAGAUGAUCACCGGAGACUCGCAGGAGACGGGCCGUUCUGUGUCCAGCCGUCUGGGUCUCUUCUCUAAAGGCUGUCAGUGUUUAUCCGGAGACGAGGUGGAUCAGCUGGACCUGCAGCAGCUUUCAAACAUCGUCUCCAGAGUAACCGUGUUUUAUCGAGCCAGUCCCAGACACAAGCUGAAGAUCGUCAAGUCUCUCCAGAACAUCGGCGCCGUGGUGGCGAUGACGGGCGACGGUGUGAACGACGCCGUGGCUCUGAAGGCCGCUGACAUCGGCGUGGCGAUGGGCCAGACGGGAACCGAUGUCUGCAAAGAGGCGGCUGACAUGAUUCUGGUGGACGACGACUUCCAGACCAUCAUGUCGGCCAUCGAGGAGGGAAAAGGGAUUUACAACAACAUCAAAAACUUUGUCCGCUUCCAGCUGAGCACGAGUAUUGCAGCUCUGACACUCAUCUCCUUGGCAACGCUGAUGAACUUCCCCAACCCGCUGAACGCCAUGCAGAUCCUGUGGAUCAACAUCAUCAUGGACGGACCUCCUGCUCAGAGUUUGGGGGUGGAGCCUGUAGACGGAGACGUGAUCAGGAAGCCGCCUCGUAACGUGAGAGACAGCAUCAUCACUCGCAGCCUGAUCGUUAAGAUCCUGGUGUCAGCGCUCGUCAUCGUCUGUGGGACGCUGUUCGUCUUCUGGAGAGAGUUGCAGGACAACGUGAUCACUCCAAGAGACACAACUAUGACUUUCACCUGCUUUGUGUUCUUCGACAUGUUCAACGCUCUGAGCUCACGAUCACAGACUCGUAUGGUCCAUGAGAUGGGGCUCUGCAGUAACAGGACGUUCUGUUACGCCGUCCUGGCCUCCAUCAUGGGUCAGCUGCUCGUCAUCUACUUCCCUCCUCUGCAGAGCGUCUUCCAGACAGAGAGCCUGAGCAUUCUGGACUUGCUCUUCCUGGUGGCGCUCACUUCCUCCGUCUGCGUCGUCUCAGAGUCCAUCAAGAAGGUGGAGAGGUGGAGAGGAGUGGAGAGGAGCCCGUCCUUCGAUAGCUUCCACGAGGUAUGAUCCGACCCCUGCCGCUCGGCCUCGGAGGAAGAAGAAGAGGAGGAAGAUGAAGAUGAAGGUGAUGGGAGUAUUUAAAGGAUCUUACAUCUGAUGGCACUGACUAAUUAAGACUUGUAAGGACUUCCUCUGAGACCUUCCAGAGGGAGAAGCUCUGG